AUGGCUUCCUUACCUUCCAUCAUGAACUCACCAAAGCAGAAGAAUUCAUCAUCUAUUGAUGCUGUUCUUGGUAACGAGGACCUUAUCACAGAGAUUCUAUUGCGUGUGCCCGCAAAAGCAGUCCUGAAAUUCAAGUUAGUUUCCAAGAAAUGGCUUUCUGUCAUCUCCCCCGCUAGUUUUGCUAUCCGCCAUACUCACCUCAGUCCUCACACCACCUCUGCUCUUCUCCUCAAAGUUUUAUUCUCUUUCAAGCCACCGCCUGUCCACAAACAUGUUUCUCUCGAAGGGAAAUCAUUCGUUAGUUAUGAUUCUCUUAAUUUUGACCUCCCCAUUAACCCAGGAAGUACCUAUGUUUCUCAGUCCUGCAAUGGCUUGCUUUUGUGUUCGAAAUUUAGAUGGCAUUUCGGUGAGAGGGCUAAUCCAACAGACUAUAUAUUCAAUCCUACCACAAGACAAUUUGCAAUGAUACCUCCACCUCCUGACGAUGGAAAAUAUUUUAGUCGGAUUCGGUUGGUGUUCCAUCCUUCAGAAUCACCACGUUACAAGGUUGUUUGCACUCAAUUAUUUAAGUCGGAGCUUAAAAUUUAUGUAUACUCAUCCGAGACCAAGGACUGGAAGCUUUCUUUGAGUCGACAAAAUUUCGAUUCUUUAUCUGUCAACUUUGCGAAUGGUGUCCUCUGGAAUGGUGCUGUUCAUUGGAUUAGUCCUAUGGGGAAUGGUUUCAGUUUUUCGCUUGAUAAUGAAUGCCUUGAGACAAUUCCAAGGCCUUCAUUUCCUGAGAAUUGGCAGAAUCACAAUUUCAGGUACUUCGGGGAGUCUGGUGGCCAUUUGCAUUUUAUUGGGAUUCUAGCAGGCAAACAAAAUCCUGAUGAUUUGAACAUGGGCAUUUUCUCCCCUGAUAUGUCUCAUGACCAAAGUACUGAUCAAUCCAUAGUAGUCUAUGCCAUGGAGAGAGGCUGCCCAAAAUGGUUUGUUAAGUACUGUCUCCAUACGAAUGCCAUUGUAAUGGCACGUCCUGAGACAACAGCAGAUGAAGAUUCUACAGCCUCCCCAUUUUUGGCAGAGAAAGGAUCAGUUGAUUUACUGUCGUUCAUCGAGGGAAAUGACGAAGAAGGUCCGUUGCUGGUGAUGAGAAUCCCUGGUGAGAUCAUAGCUUACAGCUUCAAGGACAAAAAAUUCAAGAAUAUUUUGAGUUUUCUUCCUUUGGAGCAUACUACCUGCUAUGCUCUCCAGUACAAUGAGACAUUAUCCUGUGUGUAA